GUGACAUUGCUUUGUAAUAUCAUAGGAUACGAGUCCCCAUACCAUCUAUAUAACAGUAUUCGUGCCUUUGCUCUCCAAGAUUCUCACACCUUCACCUGCUCCAGAUACUGACCAAUCGAUCACACACCUCACAAAGCUAAUAAGUGGAGGAAUAGUUAACAAAGCAGUACUUCGAUCUGCCUUCGAUGGAGAAGAGGGGGGAAGAGGAGAAGGUGCCUCUGCUGGAGGCUCAUGGAGAUGGAGGCAGCAAGGUGGAGGAAGAAGAAGAUGACUCGUCGUUAUCGCUGGGUCGGCGUGUGUGGGGGGAGAACAAGAAGCUGUGGGUGGUGGCGGGGCCGUCCAUCUUCACGCGCUUCUCCUCCUUCGGCGUCACCGUCAUCAGCCAGGCCUUCAUCGGCCACAUCGGCGCCACCGAGCUCGCCGCGUACGCCCUCGUCUCCACCGUCCUCAUGCGAUUCAGCAACGGCAUCCUGCUGGGCAUGGCGAGCGCGCUGGAGACGCUGUGCGGCCAAUCCUACGGCGCCAAGCAGUACCACAUGCUGGGUAUCUACCUGCAGCGCUCAUGGAUCAUCCUCUUCGUCUGCGCCGUCCUCCUCCUUCCAGUCUACCUAUUCACCGAGCCGCUCCUCGUCGCCCUUGGCCAGGAUCCCAAAAUCUCUGCUGUGGCCGGCACCAUCUCGCUCUGGUACAUCCCGGUCAUGUUCUCCUACGUCUGGAACUUCACGCUCCAGAUGUACCUGCAGGCGCAGAGCAAGAACAUGAUCAUCACCUACCUUGCCAUGCUCAACCUCGGCCUCCACCUCGUCUUGUCAUGGCUCAUGACGGUCAAGUUCCAGCUCGGCCUCGCUGGGGUCAUGGGCUCCAUGGUCAUCGCCAUGUGGAUCCCGGUGUUUGGGCAGCUUGCCUUUGUCUUCUUCGGGGGUUGCCCGCUGACAUGGACAGGGUUUUCGUCUGCUGCGUUCACUGACCUUGGUGCCAUUAUCAAGCUCUCGGUAUCUUCUGGUGUGAUGCUCUGUUUGGAAUUGUGGUACAACACCAUAUUGGUGCUCCUCACAGGGUAUAUGAAGAAUGCAGAGAUAGCACUCGAUGCUCUUUCAAUAUGCCUUAAUAUCAAUGGUUGGGAGAUGAUGAUUUCUAUCGGCUUUUUGGCAGCAACAGGAGUGCGAGUGGCAAAUGAGCUUGGAGCAGGAAGUGCAAGAAGGGCCAAGUUCGCGAUCUUCAAUGUGGUCAUCACUUCUUUCUUGAUCGGAUUUGUGUUAUUUGUGCUCUUCCUUCUCUUCCGUGGAAACCUUGCCUACAUAUUUACGGAGAGCCAAGCAGUAGCCAACGCAGUUGCUGACCUUUCGCCUCUGCUAGCCUUCUCCAUAUUGUUAAACAGUGUUCAACCAGUACUAUCAGGUGUUGCUGUUGGUGCGGGCUGGCAAAGUGUAGUUGCCUAUGUUAACAUUACAUCGUACUACUUGAUUGGCAUCCCUCUUGGAGCAGUACUAGGAUAUGUGGUGGGGUUUCAUGUAAAGGGCAUUUGGAUUGGCAUGCUGCUCGGAACACUAGUCCAAACCAUUGUGCUUCUGUUCAUAACAUUAAGGACCAACUGGGAAAAACAGGUGGAGAUUGCUCAAGAGAGAUUGAAGAGAUGGUACAUGGAAGAGAACAGAAGACUGCAAGGCUCGAGGGGAAAUCCGUGAACUGGCCCUUUGAUUGGG